AGCCGUUUUUUAUUUAUUGCAGCAACAGUUUAGUUUGGGUGGAUGGAGCCACAUGGGCCUGGAGCACCGGGUUGGGCAGACCCUGCAGCUUGGGGCCCUGGAGGACCGGGUUGGAGAGACCCUGCAGGAUGGGGCCAUGGAGGGUGGGGUCUGGUUCCACCCAGCGGGCCUGGGUUUCGUGGCCCUGGUUCUUGGGGCCCUGUGUUUGGUGGCUUCUUCAGAUCCUGCUACUAUCUCCUCUGCUGCUGCUGCUGCUGCUGCUGCCUGCUCUAAGAUUGCUAUGGCCCUCUCCUUGGACAUCCGGGCACAGGCAGCCUGCCACCCCCUUUCUUAUAGCUUGGCGAGCAGUCGACCAUAUCCACCGCGAAAAACAAUGUGCUGGGUCAGGAAUCCCUGGGCCAAGUAUUCGCUGAAGAACCCAUGGGAGUUUCCCUUGUUACUAUGUAAACACUAUUGAAAAUCAGGAUCAAUUGAUUAGAGAUUAGAGGUUAAAUUGAGCAGUGAUGAGGGGUGAUUAGAGAUUAGAGGUUAAAUUGAGCAGUGAUGAGGGGUGAUUAGAGAUUAGAGGUUAAAUUGAGCAGUGAUGAGGGGUGAUUAGAGAUUAGAGGUUAAAUUGAGCAGUGAUGAGGGGUGAUUAGAGAUUAGAGGUUAAAUUGAGCAGUGAUGAGGGGUGAUUAGA